AUGAAGUUUUGCAGCAAUAUUUUGCGGUCGUUUAUAACAGUAACGUUGGCGCUCUUCUUCUUUUCUGGUGCAUCGGAGGCUCGCCCUUAUCCAAACAAUUAUGAUGUUCAACAAGUUGUUCCAAGAACCAUUACAGUUGAUAAGCUUGGCCGAGGUGACUUUGCCUCGGUACAACAAGCCCUUGAUUCUAUACCAUCAAAUAACAGUGUAUGGACUCGCAUCUACAUCAAAUCCGGAACCUACGUGGAACAGAUUGAGAUCCCUCGAGAAAAACCAUAUAUUAUUCUUGAAGGAGACCCUAAUGAUCACUUUACUGUAAUUGAAUCUGGUUUAUAUGGUGGAGACGUUGAAAAGAGUCCUACAUUUACUUUACAUGCAGAUAAUUUUGUGGCAAAAAAUAUAGUAUUCAAGAACACAUAUAAUCGUGUUCCUCCACCAAAGAACGGCCAUGGAAGGAAAAUGACACAAGCACCAGCAGUUUCAAUACAUGGAGAUAAAGCGAGCUUUUAUCGGUGUAGCUUCCUCAGCUUGCAAGAUACACUGGGGGAUAUCGAAGGUCGUCACUACUUUUAUGAUUGCUAUAUUCAAGGACUUGUAGACUUCAUUUGGGGCUUUGGCCAGUCCAUUUAUGAGAAAUGUCACAUAGAUUCACUUGGUUCCGGCUCGAUCACGGCGCAGGGUCGUGAUGGCGAAAACAAACCUGAUGGUUUCGUGUUCAAGGAUUGUUAUAUAUCUGGAUCAGGUCGUCCUACAAAGCUGGGAAGAGCGUACAGGCCUUACGCUAGAGUGUUGUUCGUUCGAACAUAUAUGGAAGAUAUCAUAGAUCCACUGGGUUGGGAAGCACCAUGGAACAAUGGCAAAUACGAUUUGACUGCGUUCUCGGAGGUGGAUUGCAAAGGACCUGGGGCAGACAUAUCCUAUCGGGUACCAUGGGAGAAGAAGCAGCUAUCAGCUGAGGAAGUGUCCUAUUUCAGUAAUGCAGGUUCUUUUAUAAACAAAGAUGGAUGGAUGGAAAAACAACCCAAAUAA